AUGAUAGUGAAUGAACUAACUGAAGCUUCUGUAAGCUUCCUGGUGGCUCACUGAGUUGUGACACAUAAGUAAGAGCACAUCAGGAGGCGUGGCUUUGGGAAACCUGUUGGAGGUGAGUCAUUUUCUGUUUGUUCUCCUCCCAGUGGACAACAUGGCGCACUGAACAUUCAUCACCUGCGCUUUUCACGGCUCGGUAGUUAUACUUGUACCGUAGCCUCAUGAACAGUUUCUGAGUAAAAAGUAACGAUUAGACUAGAUUACAUUUCCGGCGUGUGUUUUGAACUUGGACCAGAUGAAACCCUUAGCGGAACCAUGUAACGAGCAUCAGAAGAAAAGCUCCGGAGAGAUGAUGGCGAAUGAAGCGGUACCUGUUGGGAACACCGGAGAGGGUCAAACCCAGAUGAAUGGGUUCUCUGUGCCUCGUGAUGUGAGCAGUCCUGUUCCACAGUCGCAGCUUGCGUCCUCGCCUGUCCAUCAAGGACCGGUCAACCUUCCCAGAGGGCAGUGGGGUGGCAAGUAUGAGUUUCUGCUCUCCUGCAUCGGCUAUUGCGUCGGCCUGGGAAAUGUCUGGAGAUUCCCUUACCUUUGUUACCGGAAUGGUGGAGGUGUGUUUCUCAUCCCGUACUUCAUAAUGCUCUUCUUCACGGGCAUGCCCCUCUUCCUUAUGGAGCUCAGCCUGGGUCAGUAUGGAGCUGCAGGUCCCAUCACCGUCUGGAAGUGCUGCCCGCUGCUCAAAGGGAUUGGUAUCGGGAUGCUCUGUGUGUCCACGCUGGUGUGUCUUUACUACAAUGUCAUCAUCGCUUGGACAUUUUAUUACCUGGCAAGUUCUUUUCAGAGCCCGCUGCCAUGGUCCUGUGAUGCUAUUGCUAAUGCUGCUCUGUGUGGGAACAAAACCAAUGUCACACAUUCCCUUAGUGCAUCUGAGGUCUUCUGGAAUGAACGUGUCCUGGGUGUGGUGAACAGUGAGGGCCUGAAUGACCCUGGUCCAGUGAGGUGGCAGCUUGCUUUGUGUUUGCUGGCUGCUUGGGUCAUCAUAUUCCUGUGUAUCCUGAAGGGCAUUCACAGCUCUGGCAAGGUGGUCUAUGUGACAGCCACGUUUCCCUACUUUGUGCUGAUUGUUCUGAUUAUCAGAGGUGCCACUUUAGAGGGCUCACUCCAGGGUGUAGCCUUUUACCUCACUCCAGUCUGGGAGCGACUGGCUAACGCACAGGUGUGGAAUGAUGCAGCCUCACAGAUCUUCUACUCACUGGGCAUUGGAGUAGGAGGACUUCUUUCUAUGGCUUCCUACAAUAAAUUUGACAAUAAUGUCAUCAGGGACACACUAGUCAUCACUAUAGGCAAUUGUGCCACCAGCUUUUUUGCUGGCUUCGCUAUCUUUUCUAUCCUGGGUCACAUGGCCUGGAAGAAGGGUGUGCCUGUGGAAGAGGUAGCUGAUACAGGUCCAGGCUUGGCGUUUGUAGCUUAUCCAGAAGCCCUGGCUCUUCUGCCUGGUUCAGUUUUCUGGGCCAUUCUGUUUUUCCUCAUGCUCUUUAUGCUAGGAGUAGACACACUGUUUGGUAAUAUGGAAGGUAUUACCACAGCAGUACUGGAUGAGUUUCCUCAGCUCAGAGUCAAUAUGAAGCAGAAGACCAUUUUCUUGGCCCUACUCUGCUUUGGCUUCUACCUGAUGGGACUGUUACUGGUAACUGAUGGAGGGAUUUACUGGUUCACCCUCAUAGACUCAUUCAGCACCAGUUUUGGUCUCAUCAUCAUCACUCUGUUCAUGUGUCUGGGCAUCUCAUUCUUCUAUGGAGUGAACCAAUUCUGCCAGGACAUAGUGGACAUGAUCUGUCCCUGCCCAUCCUGGUGCACCAAACUGCUGCUCUACUUCAAAGCAUGCUGGGUUUUCUGCACCCCCUUCCUGUUACUGUUCAUCUUGACCUACAUCUUCAUUGAGAUGUACAGAACAUCCCUGUAUUAUGGUUCAUAUCAGUACCCAACAUGGGGCAAAGGGCUGGGGGUGUGUAUGGGCCUCAUCUGCUGCCUGCAAAUCCCCAUCUGGGCCAUUGUGGCUGUCUGGAAAGAGUCUGGCACCAUGACGGAACGCUUCCAGAAAGCCAUCCGACCGCUGAACUCCUGGCGAGACAACAACCAGGGCAAUGGCGCUCAGGCGCAGAGCGUAGAGCCUGAGAGAGUGGAAGGACCCUACACCGUCAACCUGACCGAUAUGGACUUCACUGCGAUGACGUGGGAGGCGAGUGAGGCAUAAUCACUGUGCCAGUGUGAGAAGGCUGAACUGCACCUUAUUGUUAAAGGAUAUGGAUUUCGAAGCCUUAUUUAUGGUCACUGGAGCAAGAUCAUACUAUGGGGACCAAAAAUAUGUUCUCAUUAUAAAAUGCACUAUAUGUUUUUUUAGUGCAUUGACAGUGACUAUUUCCUUAAAGGAACUUAACAAAACUGGAAAUAAGGCAUAAGAAAUGCUCAUCAGUUCAUAUUUACAACCACAGUCACUGCUCAGAAAGCAGUAAGCGCUUCCCCAAUGGGGAUUUUUUUUAAUAACAAUUAAUGCAAGUUAAACUUUUAAAAAUGUUACCAUGGUGGGACAUCCAACUGUCUUCAACCUGCCUUUGAGAAUUGAGUUUGAAUCCAAACACUAGGCCUGGAGACCAAAGCAGCAUUAUUAAGCCUGCUGUCUGGGAGGAAUACAGGGAUAUACCCUAUGUUCACGCUAGCAAGUUGCUCAUGUUGCUUGUAAUUUCUCUCUUGUUGCAACUGCCUUUGGUCAUGCACAGUCCAGCAGUAUUUUCCUUUUAUUAACUCUAACGAGAAACAGGGAUAGCCAAAAUUUAUAACCUUGAGCUCACUCUGACCUUUAAACUCAUGGCCUUUGCUUUUGAGCUACGUUGCAUGCUAAAAGUUCAUACUAGCUGGCUAACUGUACUAGCUUCCUACUGUCACCAGAAUCACUGAUGAUGUUACAGUACUUCCUUCCAAGCUUUUUGUUCUUAAAAUCUUAUUCAAAGAAAUCAUAUACUUGACACCAUCAGACGAAACAUCUUCCAUUUUUGCAUGUCAAACAUUGUGAGAAUUAAUUACAGGUAUUAUGUAAUGUCCUGAACACAGAACUGUCACUUCAUUGUGUUUCAUUCCUUUAUUAAUGUAGAAUUUUGAAAAUCUUUAUUGUCUAGCUUUUACCUUUGUGCUCUCUACUGUGGCUGGAAUUUCACCACACAUAGGAAAAAAUAAUGGCUUUGUUACUUUAGUGUGAACAUCGGGCUAUUUCCCUUUUCCUCUGUAAAUCAGAGCAAAGCUAAUUAACACUGAGCUCCAGUGUGUGUUCGAUGCUCUGUGCUGAUGUGGCUGGAGAAAUGAAAACACAAAAAAGGACUGGUAGGACUUCCCGGACUGGUAGCCGUCAUGCAACAGCUGUACAACCUGAUUAUGUGGACGAUGUUGUGGGAAAUGACAACAACAUGGAAAAGAAAUUAUUCAUUCAAAAUGAAAUAAAUAUUGCUUAGAUACAUAUAA